AGGCGGCUUCAGAGCCCUCGGCUCCUGGUGAGGACUUCAGCUCCUGUCCCUUCCUCUGGGGGCCUGGGCGACCUCGGGCUGAAGCUCCGUUUGUGGGUGACGACCACACCUGCUGGACCCCAAGAGUCUCUCUGCGGGGGCUAGGGGGCACGCCCAGGGCGCCUUGCACAUGAGCCAUCCUUUGAACUUCACGGCAGAAGUGCCCUUUUUCUCCAGGGCUAUGGCUUCUCAGUUCAGUGUCCUGCUCUCAUUCGGGUGCAUAUACAAAAAAUCAGUGUCUCUGGAACUCACAAAACUGUGCUUGGGAUACAAACUUUCGCUCUUGGCAGGGCUCCUGGCUGUUUUAGGGGUAAGGUUCUUGUCCUGCUGCUCCUACUAAAUACUCAGGGACCACAACGGAGGGCCGCAGGCUCUCCGCUUUUCUUGGCGCCCAGAACUCCUGAGCUGCCACCUGCUGCGGUCUCCUCCCCUUGCUUCCCUCUCCUGCAGCUUGGCACGGGCUCUGGGUUCAAGGCGUUCAGAGACCUCAGUGCGCCGGCUGGAUCUUAACAUACCUGGGACAGGUUUUCCAAGGGUCUUCCCUAAGGAUUUGCCCCAGGGUUUGGCCCUACAUUGGAAGGCAAAAUCUAACAUCUGCCCACCUCUGUGUUUCUGUGUGUAACAGACCCGUCACAGACGCGUGUGAAAUGGACGAGGAGCUGCCUCUGGGCGACAAGGGAGCUGUGGUGGCAGCACGGCCUGGACUGGAGCACCAUGCUGCCGGCGUUGCUGCUGCUUCUGGGGGCGGCGGUGCUGCGGGGAGCGGACACACUUCCUGACCAGAACCUCCUCCUCCUCCCCCCUGUCAACUUGACCAUCGUCGUCGCUGGGCUGGCACGAGCCCUCCUGCGCUGGGCGCCACACCCCGACCAAGCGCGCCAGAACGUGACUGUGGACUACCACGUGCGGAUCCACGGCCCACAGGAGGACGAGUAUGAAACCAGGAGCACCGUGAGCACCUGCGUCGCCCCCCUGCACCAAGGCCUGUCGGCGAGCGUGAGGGCCAUCGUGAGAGACCACGGCCGCCUCCAGGCCGCCAGCCGCUGGGUGUCCGCGGAACUCGAGCCCCCCCCAGGGCCUCCCGGCACCGCGGCCGUGAACCUGACCUGCACCACCAACACCGCAGCAGGGGACGGCACGCACGCCGCACGGUACCAGGUUUCCCUGCACUGCGCCUGGCGGGCGGGCGAGGCAGCCCCGGCGGAUACACAGUAUUUCCUCUACUACAGGUUCGGCGCCGAGACCCACGAGUGCCGCGAGUACAGCAGAGACUCCCUGCAGAGGAACAUCGCGUGCUGGUUCCCCAGGACCUCCAUCCACAGCAAGAGGCGGGACCGGCUCGCCGUGCUCGUCAACGGCUCGAGCAGGCUCACGGCCAUCAGGCCCUUGGAUCGGCUGUUUGCUCUGCACGCCAUAGACCAGGUAAACCCUCCCAGGAACGUCACAGCCGAGGUGCAAGGAGCCCGUCUCUCCAUCGAGUGGCAGAAGCCCGUGUCCGCCUUCCCCAGCCACUGCUUUGACUAUGAAGUGCAGAUCAGCGACACGAGGAAGGCUUACGUCCAGACGGAGAAACGGACAGUCAAUGCCUUCACCUCCGUGAUCGACAACAGUUCAAGGUACUGCGUUCAAGCGCGAGCCACGGUGAGCACCACGUGCCGGGCGGCGGGGCUCUGGAGCUCAUGGAGCCCACCCUUCUGCGUGGGUGAGUAGCCCCUGCCGAUCCGACAGUCCCAGAAGGCAGACACACUGGCGCAUGGGACCCCUCCCCCCGGCCUCUGGUCAGCCCCACUGUCUCCAUCAGAGGGCCCAGUCCAGCCUCGGAGGGCUUCACCAUCAGAGCCUUGCACUUGCACUUGUUUUCCGCUUCUGCUUCUACCCGGGUGAUUAGAUCAGACUUUCUGAGAUAGCUGCAGACAGACAGACAGAGCCUCCCAUCCCCCGACCUGGUUUCCAUGGCAGGCAGGGCUGUGCAUAGCCACCGAGCAGCGGGGCAGGCAGACCACCGGCCUGACAGCUCCUGGGCGUCACAGCCGUCCGUCCCCGGACGAGGGUUGGGCUCGGUGCAGCUGCCUGAGCCGGUGCAGCCGCCACCGAGCUCAGGAGGUGGCGCCGCUCACCACUGUGGCAGGGGGUCCCGCUGGCCUCGCAGAAAUACACCUCUGCGUCGCCUCCACACCCGACCCUGGCGACUGAGAACCCGCCCGCCAUCUCUACCACGUGUCCGUUAAAUUCAUGUUUUGUUUCCUUUCUUAAAGAUGAUCCAAAGUCAAGUAUCACUCAGGGUCACCUCCUGCCCCCCAAAGUGGGAGCCAUUUCUGAGCCCUCAGCUCAGCGGGUCUGGAGGAAGGCGAGGUUCGGACACGGCCUCACUCCUGGGUUGGGUCUGCCAACCCGGCUGCGCCGUGUGCUUGGCCAGGGGGAUGGGCAUCCUCUCUGUCGCUGGGAGCCCUGGCAGCUCUGGGGGGAGGGGCGCCUCCCCAUCUCACUCUGUCAUCAGGAGACGCAGCCUGCACUCUGUGUUUGUUGUCAUCUGGGUGUGCUGGGCAAGAGGCACACACAGGUUAGGAGAGAGGGGACAUUUGACACCUGUGUGUCUCCAUGGAGGCCAGGGGCUGCGCCAGGCCAGCCAAAACAGGGACGGUAGACAGGACCCUGGAGUCUUCCCCAGAAG